AUGGAGGAGCUACACGUCUCCUCCAAUGAAGAGGAUGCUGAAAUGGAUGAGUUCGAAGAGGGCGAGGAUGUUGAUGCCCCACAGGAAGAGGCCAUAGCACAGGCCAGUUCCCCUGCCUGCUGUUCCUCUGCCUGCUGUUCCUCUGCCUGCUGUUCCCCUGCCUGCUGUUCCUCUUGCUGUUCCUCUGCCUGCUGUUCCCCUGCCUGCUGUUCCCCUGCCUGCUGUUCCCCUGCCUGCUGUUCCUCCCCUGCCUGCUGUUCCCCUGCCUGCUGUUCCCCUGCCUGCUGUUCCUCUGCCUGCUGUUCCAUGGUGACUCAGAGCCUGCUCUAA